AUGUCGUUGCAGUCGGAAGGAAAGGACAAGAGCGCGAACCCCAUGCGCGAGCUGCGCAUCCAGAAGCUCGUGCUGAACAUCUCCGUCGGCGAGUCUGGUGACAGACUCACCCGUGCUGCCAAGGUGCUCGAGCAGCUGAGCGGUCAGACUCCGGUCUACAGCAAGGCCCGUUACACCGUCCGUACCUUCGGUAUCCGUCGUAACGAGAAGAUUGCUGUCCACGUCACCGUCCGUGGCCCCAAGGCUGAGGAGAUCCUCGAGCGUGGUCUCAAGGUCAAGGAGUAUGAGCUGAGGAAGCGCAACUUCUCCGAGACUGGCAACUUCGGUUUCGGUAUCUCCGAGCACAUCGAUCUGGGUAUCAAGUACGACCCCGGUAUUGGUAUCUACGGAAUGGACUUCUACUGCUGCAUGACCCGUCCCGGUGAGCGUGUUGCUAAGCGCCGCCGCUGCAAGUCCAAGAUCGGUACCAGCCACAAGAUCAACCAGGCUGAGACCAUCAAGUGGUUCAAGAACCGCUUCGAGGGUAUUGUCCGAUAA